AUGAAUCUGCGAACAGUCCUCAGCCUGCUUUUUGCUGCAGGUCCUCUUCUCGCCAAUGCAAUCUCUUCCAAGCCCCUGUCCACAUCUGGACGAUGGAUUGUCGACUCCGAUGGCAAUAAUGUCACUUACGCCGGGGUAAACUGGCCCGGUGCUGCUGAGGCUAUGUUGCCAGAAGGAUUGCAGUACCAGUCUAUUGAAUACAUUGUCAGCAAGAUCAAGAGCUUGGGGAUGAAUGUCAUCCGCCUCACCUUCGCUAUCGAAAUGAUUGAUGACAUCUACGAGAAGGGUGCCGAUGUCCCGAUCAAAACGUCCUUGAUCAAUGCCCUUGGAGAGACCAACGGAACGGCGGUAUACAAGAAAAUCGUCAGCCACAACCCUCAAUUUAAUGAGAAAACGACAAGGUUGCAGGUUUACGAUGCUGUCGCCAACGAAUGCUACAAACAAGGUAUCUACGUUCACCUAGAUAACCAUAUUUCCAAGGCCAUGUGGUGUUGCAGCACAACAGAUGGCAACAGCUGGUUCGGAGACACCUAUUUCAACGUGGAGAACUGGCAUCGUGGGUGGACCUACAUGGCAAAACAUGUCAAAUCGCUUCCAGCGGUCAAGAGCAUCGGCAUGAGAAAUGAACUCCGCACUCCAGCGGACAACUCAGCUCUCACUAGCACUUCUUACAACUGGGAGCACUGGUACACAAACAUGGUCGAGAACGCGAAGCAGGUGCAUAAUGCCAACCCGGACCUCCUGAUCUUCUUCUCCGGUCUCAACUUUGACGUGACCCUUUCUCCCAUCCCCACCGCGGCUAAUCUGGGGAACGGUACGGUUUUCCGAAAGUCUGACUUCAGCUUCGCGGAUAAGAUCGUCCUCGAGCUUCACAACUACGACUCCUCGGCUUCAAGCUGCAGCGGUCUGUCGUCAAGCUUACUUAGCGAUGGAUUUAAUGCCUUGAAGACCGAUGACUCGAGUAUCAAGAACGUCUUGCCGGUGGUCUUAACUGAGUUCGGCUUCGCGCAGGACAAUACUACAUACACGGGCGUCUAUGCAUCUUGUCUGAUGGAGUGGAUCCCCAGUGUUCAUGCGGGUUGGACGGUCUGGGUUUUGGCGGGCAGUUAUUACAUCCGAGAAGGGACUCAAGAUUCUGACGAGACAUGGGGUCUCCUCGAUCACACUUGGUCGGACUGGCGGGCACCCAAGGCCAUCGAGAAUGGACUCGUCCCGAUGGUCAAAGCCAGUCUAGGCUAG